GUCUCCUUGUGGACAAGUCCGAUUCCACAGAAGACUUUCCCAACAUGCGGAGGACAACCUCUCUCAAUGUCCCGCUGGGAUUCUCAGAGAACUGAAAGCUUCGGUACACAAAUGUCUUUAAGGCCCUUAGCCAUGGAGCGGAAGAGCCAGAGCUUCCAGAUUAAGAAGACCGAACUCGUUCCUGUCAAAGACCCCUACCAGCUGCUCAGGAAUCUGAAGGCCGAAAACAUCAUCCCCGAGAGGAAGUACAAGCAGCUAAAGGUCCAGCUGAGGGACAGACAGGAGACGGGGAUGUCCGAGCUGCUGGCCUGGCUGGAGAAGGAGGCGCCAGAGAAGAUCGGCCCGUUCUGGAACACUGCCCAGCGGGGUGGUGCCCAGGCCUGCACCGAGCUGCAGCUCUGCAGGGCCGACCACGCCCCGGUCCGUGAGCUCGUCCUGCCGGUGACCUGUGGGGGAAAGCAGGGCCGUUUCGACGUGGGGAAGUAUCUGGAAGGUCAGCCCUGCGUCCUGGCCAACAGGAAGUGGAUGAGCCCCCGGGAGUUCGAGGAGCACGGAGGGAAAGGCAGGAACCACAAGUGGAAGAGCAGCAUCCGUUACAAAAGCCGGCCACUGGGCGCUCUGCUGGAGGGGGACCAGCCUGCUAAGCCUGUGCCUAAGAGAAAGCCCACCCGCUCCCAGAGUCAGAUAAAGUCCACUGCGUCUCCCGAGGUGAAGAGACGAAAGAGGAGCUCGUCCGCAGACUCGAUCCCGGGACGCUGUCGAGCUGCUGCAAGGUCUGCUGAGGAAUCUCCUGGGGAGCCAGGAGACUUGGAAACUAACUGCAGUUCCUUCUCUGCAGCGUGCCACGGGAGAUGCAUCAGGACCUUCAGACAGUGGUGCACCCCUCUGGAGUUCUGCAGGACCGGCACGCCCGGCGCCGACGAGGGGAACUGGGCCCAGUCCAUCUGGCACAUGGGAGUUCCCCUAGCCAAUCUCAUCCAGUUGGGUAUCCUGCGGCCACACCCGGAAGACUGCAGCUGUGUGAAGUGUGUCCCCGUUGUGAAGAAAAACAAAGACAAACCGGACGAGUGCAAAUCCUGUGGUCAGGGCAGGGACCUCCUCUGCUGCGACCAGUGUUUUCGGCUUUUCCACAGCGAAUGUCACCUGCCGCCUCUCCCCGGACAGGCGGAUCCACAGGCAGAAUGGAUCUGCACACUGUGUGAGUUCAGCAGAACCCUGGUGCUCCUGCCUGGGAUCCACAGCAGGUCGGAGGUGCUGGGGCUGGAGAUGCAGAGCCAGCAGGCGAAAUGUGUGUAUCUUCUCCUCAGACUGUACUGCAAGCAAAACAGUGGCCCUUUCACUAAAAAUCCCAGCAGUCUCAAGAGAUACUGUGAGAUCAUCAAGCGCCCCAUGUGGCUGGAUAAAGUCAAGGAGAAGCUCCUGCAGCAGAAGUACCAGCAGGUGGGCCAGUUCGUCCGGGACGUCCGGCUCAUCUUCCAGAACUGUGUCCAGUACAACAAGAAAUACUUCUACAAGAGAAUGGGGAAAGAGCUCGGGAGGUUCUUCGAGAGGCAGUUCGAACACGUGUUCAACAUCGGCUACGAAGACCAGAAGCCCUGGCAGCCAUAAUGAGGGCGAUGUGAAAAGAUCGCAGUCGCUGUGGUUUAUAGCGCAGCCUGGAGGACAUUCUGUACACCUGCUCCCCAGGAUCCACAGCUUUC